CAACAACGCUACUUAAAUAUUUGCUCUGUCGUCUGGAUUGAGGACGGAUUUUUCAGAUUAUAAGAGAUUUUUAUUCUUGUGCAGGUUUGAGAGAUGCGGUUGACUCUGCAGUUGUUGAUUUCUCACGGACAUGUGAUCCGCAGGAUGGGACUGAACCCGGAGUCCAGGAUCAACAUGCUGCGGAACAUUUUGACCGGACUGGUCCGCCACGAGCGGAUCGAAACGACGUGGGCCCGAGCAGAUGAAGUUCGCUUCUACGCUGAAAAGCUGAUCGACUACGCCAAAAAGGGAGACACUGAUGAAAAGGCGAUGAAAUUGGCAAGCUUUUGGCUAACAGAAAAGGACCUGGUCCCAAAGCUCUUCAAAGUGCUCGCGCCGCGGUUUGAGAAUCAUUCAUCUAAUUACACAGUGAUGGUGCGCAUUCCCAACAAAGCCAACUAUGACAAAGCAAAGAUGGCUGUCCUGGAGUACAAAGGCAACCCCUUCCCACCUCUGUUUCCUUUGAACAAACGCAAUGAACUGACCCUCAUCAACCAACUGCUCAAAGGCUACAGGGACGACCAGGACCAGCAGCUGGCUGCUAAACCUCAAGCGCCGCUGUCAUGAUGCGUCAAGGAACCUGAAGGCCGAUUGCCUGCUUUGUUGCUCGCAGAUACUUCAAAACACUGCUGUUGCAUUCGGAAGACGUUUCUGUAGUAAAAGGUUUGUAUGACAUUAAAUGUGAUUUUUUUCUGGCAGGAUGAA